CUCUUUUGCAUUCACUCGCAAAAUCCAUCGUUCCCCUCGGCUUUCCCACAAAGGACAACAGCUUUUGCUGCUUCGUCGACCUUUGUUCAGGUCUUGGGCUCUCUGCCUCUGCAUGACACCAAAGAGAAACCCCUUCUCCAAUCCUUCAAGCCCGAGUCUUCUUCUCCAACUUCAAAAUCCUACUCUUUUUCUUCAAGGGCUUCCGCCUUCUCGCGCUUUUUAGGCGCCUCCUGUUGUCCGAUUUGAUUUUUUUUUUUGUCCUGGAAAGGGAAAAUGAGGUGGGAGAGAGUCCCGUUGCCGCAAGCCCAGCAACCAGAGCAAGGCAGAGAGGAGGCGGGUGGCCCCGGGAAGAGGUGGGGCCACACUUGCAACGCCAUCAAAGGGGGGAGGUUUCUCUACGUGUUCGGUGGCUAUGGCAGAGACAACUGCCAGACCAACCAAGUUCACGUCUUUGACACUGGUGGGUCUUCGAGUUUAUCUUCUGGAGAUUCUUGUUUUCCGUCAAAGUUUGCAUUUUUUUUUCCUGGAAAUGUCUUCGAUUUAGAUUGGUAUGCUCUACUUGGUGCUGAGAGAAAGAUUGUGAAGCAAACAUGGAGCCAACCCACGAUAAAAGGCACGCCACCUGCUCCAAGGGAUAGCCAUAGCUGUACUAAUGUUGGUGACAAUUUGUUUGUGUUCGGUGGGACGGAUGGCAUGAACCCUCUCAGGGAUUUGCAUAUACUAGACACUUCUUCCCAUACGUGGAUAUCACCAAGUAUAAGAGGGGAGGGACCGGAGGCAAGGGAGGGUCAUAGCGCAGCACUUGUGGGUAAAAAGCUGUUCAUAUUUGGUGGGUGUGGAAAAUCUCCAGAUGAUGAUGAGGAAGUAUAUUAUAAUGAUCUCUACAUAUUGAACACAGAGACAUUUGUAUGGAAAAAGGCUAUGACGACUGGUAUCCCACCUUCAGCACGUGAUAGCCAUAGCUGCUCAACUUGGAAGAACAAAAUGAUUGUGAUUGGUGGUGAAGAUGGACGUGAUUACUAUUUGUCCGAUGCCCAUAUUCUUGAUGCAGAUACCCUGAUGUGGAAGGAACUGAAUACCACCGGCCACAUGCUACCCCCUCGUGCUGGACAUUCGACUGUUGCUUUUGGGAAGAUUCUGUUUGUUUAUGGGGGAUUCACAGAGGCCCAAAAGCUAUAUGAUGAUCUGUUUAUGCUUGAUGUUGAAUCUGCUAUAUGGUCCAAGGUGACUACUGCCAGUGCUGGACCUUCUGCCAGAUUUUCUAUGGCUGGGGACUGUCUGGAUCCAGUAAGGAGUGGCGUUCUUGUCUUUGUGGGUGGUUGCAAUAGGAGUCUCGAGGCUCUUGAAGAUAUGUAUUACUUACAUACAGGACUCACUAGGGAACAGGAGCCAAGGCUAGAGAAGCUAUCCUUGAGAAAGAAAUUGAAGCUGAAGUGCCAAGAACAAAAUUUGACUCUAGGACAGGAUAAAGCUUUGGUGCAAGUUGGGGUGACCACAAGCACAUUUCAACCUGUGCCACUAUCAAUCUAUGGUCAGCCAGGUGCUCAUAGUUAUCACUCCUACCAAUCAGGAAAUGUCCAAGGUAAAAAGAUAUUUCAAGCGAGGGUGACCGAGAAUUUGGGUGAUCGAUACACCAUUGAAACUGUCAUAGAUGGAAAACCUCUCCGGGGAAUUUUAUUUUCCAAUAAGCCUACCACUCUCCCUAUACCUUUUUCAAGCUCCAGCAGCAGGAAAAGAACUUAUGGAGAUUCAAGCACUGGUAUGCCAAAUGGUGAUUAUAAUAGUGAGUCAAAGGCUUCUAGAGGUAUCCAGCCAGAGUCAAUCGAUGAUGGGCAAGCUGAUGAUGUGCAUGGAAAAGAAGCCUCUUCCAAGGAGCCCCAUUCAGAACCUCCUGGUCCGGUUCCUGUUUCUAAUGUGACACAGCCUUCUGAUGGCUCUGACCUUGAGAAGGUACCUGCAAAGCAAGAAUUAUCACUGCAGGCUUCUAUCAAUUCCAAAGAUGAUCGGAUGGAUGAAGCUCCAAAUUUGAAUUUGGAAGUUCCAAAAGAGAGUGCAUCUCCAUCAACCAAGGACUCUGACGUAAUCUCACAGAUUAAAGAUGAGAGGACAUCAGGCCAAGAUGAAAGAGGUGAGAGGACAUCAGGCCAAGAUGAAAGAGGUGAUUUGGCAAAAUCAGUUUGAAUCAGGGUUCUUGCACAAUUCCUUUCGAUCAGUUGGUCCUCUUCACAUAUUCCCCACGGAAGCCAAUUUCGACUGUACAUUCAUCAAGUUGUCCCAGAUGCAUUUGACAGCUGACAGGGUCUUCAAGCUAACUAUAGAGAUCUAACCUACCCUCUUGAUCUUCGUUUUGCAUCCUGAUCUCCGCUCGAUGAGUUAUUGCCAGACUUCUCUUCUCGUAGUUUUGUUCUUCGUCUUAGUAAGCAUGCCGGGGCUUUUGGUGACAGUGGCAGUUCCAGGAAGAAACUGCACCAUAGCUGAGGAAUCAAAGCUUGCCGUGCUAUUUGAGGUCUGGUUCACCCUGAAUCUCGUUAUGCAGCUACUUGAAUUUGACAUGUAUGACCACUUUUAUUCGCCAUGAGAAGAGACAUCAGAAUUUUUCUUAUUUAUGAUAAAGUAUUUCAUCA